UACAGUAUAUUAUGUGGGUAAAGUGGUUUAAAACAACAGCCUUCUUCUUUUUCCCACUGAAGGUUAGCCAAAGACAUGCACACAGGUAAACCGUUAUCCUCACACGCGCGCGCGCUCAUCAUAUCUUUGUUCAGACGAUGAAUAAAUAAAUGACGAUAAAUGCGACGAAAAGACACACAUACGCAUCCUCCCAAAUGCGAAUAGCAAGAUCAAAUGUUGUUCUUGUAACUCGCCCCAGCUCAGGCAGGGUUGAGCUAAUUGUAGCCUAAUCCUGCCCCGGGGCGUUUGGAGAGCCUUGAGCAAGAAUUCUUGUUCAGCUGUCCUCUGUUAUUCGGGCUGGAACGCUGUGCCUUCAACGCACUCUCACGCUUCAACAAAAAAGGAGCAAGAAAGAAAAAAAGCGAGGCUAAGACACGCCACCAUCGAUCUCAUGUUUUAAAGAGGGCUGAAGAUACAUUUACAGCUAUGUCUUCCAAGGAGGGAAGGAGUAUGUCUCGGCUGUCUUUGACCCGGUCCCCAGUGUCUCCUCUGGCCGCUCAGGGAAUCCCACUGCCGGCUCAGCUCACUAAAUCCAACGCUCCAGUCCACAUUGACGUAGGCGGACACAUGUACACCAGCAGUUUGGCCACCCUCACCAAAUACCCAGACUCCAGAAUCAGUCGUCUGUUUAACGGCACCGAACCGAUUGUUUUGGACAGUCUGAAGCAGCAUUACUUUAUUGACCGAGAUGGAGAGAUAUUCCGCUACAUCCUGAGCUACCUGAGAACCAGCAAACUGCUUCUUCCUGAGGACUUUAAGGAGUUCCAGCUGCUGUACGAGGAGGCUCGCUAUUACCAGCUGACGCCCAUGGUGAAAGAGCUAGAGCGCUGGAAGCAGGAGCGGGAGCAGCGGCGGUCGGCUCAGCCCUGCGAGUGCCUGGUGGUGCGGGUGACUCCUGACCUGGGCGAGAGGAUUGCUGUCAGUGGAGACAAGUCUCUUAUAGAGGAGAUUUUCCCAGAGACAGGAGACGUCAUGUGCAAUUCAGUCAACGCCGGCUGGAACCAGGACCCGACCCAUGUUAUUCGCUUCCCACUGAAUGGCUACUGCAGGCUCAACUCUGUGCAGGUCCUGGAGAGACUGUUUCAGAAAGGCUUCAGCAUGGUGGCGUCAUGCGGCGGAGGCGUGGAUUCCUCCCAGUUCAGCGAGUACAUCCUGAGUCGGGAGGACAGACGGUGUCAGACCAGCCACACACCCAUCAGGAUAAAACAGGAGCCUCUGGACUAGCCAGCUUUGGCACCAACCAUGAACACCUCAGUCUGCUUUCGAAAAAAAAAAAAAAUGUCAGCAGACAAACAGAAGACUUAAUUUGCCAGAAAAAGUUUGCUUCAACUCUUUGGACUCAAAGAGGACUGAAAUCUUAGUAAAUGUACGAGUAAUUUCAUCCAAGAUCCCAAAUCUCCUUCAACAGAUGCUUUACAAAUCCAAGCGAGUCACAGGAUGGCUUUUCAGCUACUGACCUCGAGUUGAACUUUCCGGCUCCAGUCAUGAAAAAUGCAUUCACUGAUCUCUAUUUCCACAGUACAGAAGAACCAUGUCAUAACUCCGCCGUUGUUUGUGCGCGCAAAAAGAGGAACUCUACAAGGAAGUUGUGUUUGUGGCAAAUUCACCUUCCAGCUAGAACACUUUCAAAUGAUGCACCAGUCAGAUCUCCAAGCUCUGGGGCAAAAUUAACUACGAAAUACAAAGUCUGUACUCUGAUCCAUUUUUAAUCUCGAUAUCUAAUGUUCUCAUUUUCCAGUCUCAUCUAUGUAAAUCAGUUCUUUUAUGACCUACAGGUUUAUUGCUGUUGUCUCGCUACAUGAAGGAUAUGAGAGCAGUUCUCAGAAGUCAUUUGGUUGUAAGUGCGGUCUGGAGUUGGCCGUGUAGAGGCUUUGACUUGAGGCUACAGCGGACAGUCUGCUAAUGCAUUCAGUGCUGGGCAAAGAGGCUUUUUAUUCGAGCAUGUCUAAAGGGAAACCUGGACUCAUAUGGAAGAGCUUUUCUGAUGGCAACUUUCUUUUGGGUGCCCAUUUUGUUUUCACGACUAGCCCUGAAUGUACCAGUUAAUACCAGUGAUUAUAUAAGAUUUAAGUGAACAAUUACAAGCAAAUAUCUUUAGAUAUGUAAAUCCUUUGGUCCCACAUGCUCCCCCUGCCCCGAGCUAGAUCCAAACCAGUGUUUCUCUACACUAACUAGCGACUUGCUGGUUUUUAGCAUCUUUGUUCAUCUCUGGAGAUCAAAGGAGUAAAGUUGAUUUCAAUUACUUCCUCAAACCUCAUUCCCAUCUGGGUCACGGCACCACUAUUACUCCUCUGCUUCAAAUCUACUAGUCCAGGUGAGACUGAACCAGCAUUUUUAUCUUGGUAAGUGGCAAGAGUAACAAGUGGGGUCUCUUGAAGCAAGGAAAGUAAGUCUAAUCACACAGCUCCUUCUAGUUCACCACUGUUACAGUGCCCCCAAAAACACAUCUGGGUCACGGCACCAACAUAACCCCUUUGUUUCUACUCUCCUGCUCAAAGUAGAAUUUGAACCAGUGGUUUUAAAAUUAGAGGAGACAUUAACAGUGGGCUUAAGACGGCAGAAUCAGUUGCAUAGACAGCUCCUACAAGUUGGUCUGUGUUACAAAUUAAAUGACGUGUGCGUCCAAGACAACUUGUUUGAUGAAAGCAAUGAGAUUAGUCAGAUAGUUAAUGAAUGCAGCACUUUCAGGGGGCACUGCUUGGACCGGAGAUGAAGGGGAUUACUGUGCCCCCUUGAGGCCUGGAGACUGAGGGGCUACGGGUCAGACGUCUCUCCAGGAGUUAAGGUCACUUUCCCACAAUCUCUUUUGCUCACUCUCCCUUAGCAAAACAACGCAAUCAGAGCCACUUGGAGAGAGACUGAGGGAGAAUAAACUUGAAAGGUUAACUCGGCAGGCUUGUAAACAGACUGAAUUGCAUAAUGUGUUGUAAAAAGACACAGUUAAUAAGAUGGCUUUUUAAGGCUCUCGGCCUUGUCAUUUCAAAAGGAAGGGUCAUGGAUAUUUUGUUAUGCUAUUUGGUUGUCUUAAAUGGCCAACUUUUUUUUUUCCUGCUACGUGUUCAGUUUUUCAAACAUUGUACAUAAAGGCUCACAGACGCUUCACAGGUCCUCCUGAAUGCAUUUCGCUGCCGUGCAACUGUCAUUUUGGGUUUUGAUUUCAUGGACAAUUUACAAAGACGAUCUUGUCUCCAGCGCAUUGAUGGUCAGAGAAGAUGUUACCUAAAUCUUUAAUUUAAAUACUGCUCUAAUGGAUGUUGUGUCAAGAUGUAUAUUGCAGUACGGUCCAAAUGUAUAUUAUUUAAAUAAAACUUUUUUUUGUAAUGGAUUAUUAUUGAUAUGAAUCAUAGUGGUAUGUCAGGCAUGUGUUUAUUCGAAUUGUCACAUUCUUUUUGUAAUCAGUGUUGAUAAAUGAACUUUUAAUAAAUUGUUGAAGUUCUUCCCCUAUUUUAAA